AUGAAGAGGAUGAAGUUUAAUGGCGGUCAUUCGUGGCAGCAGAUGACAACACCAGCAGCGAGUGUAAGGACAGAGCACCAAUGCCCUCAGUGACCAUCGUUCGAGACGUCUUGGGGGAGCUGGACACGCGGGUGAUCUCGUGCCUCCACGUUUAAGCGCGGUGGACGUGCUGCUGCCGAGUGGCGGCCCAAACGCUCCUGUCACAUGUGCCCAGCUGCCCUGCUCGCGACACUGUCGCUGGCGCUGAGCGGCGGUGCCGCUUCGGCCGUCGCCGCCGCAGAGUUGUCGGGGUGCGCGUACGAGGGAGAGCGCAACGUGACGCUGUACACAGACGCCAGCUACAUGUACCUAUGGAACUACGUGGCCUCGAAGAUCACCGACUCGCUCACCGACGACGUCGAUACCGACAAGAUACUGGACGACAAGCUUUUCGACAUGCGGACGGGGCUGGCCAGCUUGGCGUCCCAACACCAGCCGCGGCUGAACAACGCGUGGUACGCGCUCACGACGCUCAUCGUGGUGGUGCUCGUCCUGCUUCCCAUCUUGGUGGUGUCACGCGUGUCCGUGUCGCGCAUGCAGUGCGGCUUCCUGCGCGGCCUGUUCGCGCCGCCGGCGCGGAAGGACAGCAUCACGUGGUACACCGCCGCCACGGCAGCGUUCGCGGCUCUCAUCACGUUGUUCUACAUUUUUCAAAUCUUUUCCUCACUUGGAGCGGAAAACGCUGUCGACAUCAUGCAGACCAAGACUUGGGAGAUAAGGAAGGACAUGCGCUCCUUUCUCAACAGCAUGAACUGUCGAUUCGACCAGUUUCUCGACGGCGACAUCAAGCCAACGCUAGAGACCGUCAAGGGCACCUUCGGUUCCGGAAUAAGCAGUUCGUUUCCGGAGCAGCUAGCAAGAGAAGUACGAAAAGUAAUAAGCAACACUCACCUCCAAGCCGUCUACAACACCAGCUUCCUCAACAUGAUACGCAGAACUAUCGCUGUCUAUGCGAAUAAGGAAGAAGUGGCUGCAAGUCUCAACAACCUCAUCGAUUCUGCGAACAAGACUGACCAUGAGAUCCAGGAGUUGUGGGCGCAGCUGGUUAGCCGCUUUGGCAGCCUCAAAUCUGAAGCCAGACGAGACGCUGUGGAACAAGUGAUCAAGAUACAGAAGAUAGCAGAGGCGGUGCAAGACAACGUCCGCAAAAAGAUAACGACGGCCAAGGACGUGCUUGUCACGCACGAGAUCGCCUACCCGGGCUUCUUGGGAAUGCGGACGGACCCCUUCCAGGCGGGCAGGCGGCGGCUGAGGCUGGUCACCUUCGUGACGUCCCUGGUCGUGGUCGUGUUCGUGUUGUCACUGGUGGUCACCAUCGCGCUCGGCAUCUCGAUGCGAAGCCCGGAGACGAUGCCCGCCGAGAAGAACAAGUUCUCGAACUUCGCCGGCCUGGCUAUCCUCUUUACAGCCUACGGCGCACUUCCUGCGUCGGCCGUGCUGCUCGUGAUUGGCCGGAACAUCAUGAACAUGAGCGUGGCUGCCCAGGCCUUCAUCUGCAACCCCUACUCGAGGAGAAAUCCCAGCCUCGUCGACCACAUACGCUUUGCCGCUGAACUGAACCGCAAGUACACUGCUCACAUUCUGGACUACCUCACUUAUCCGUCCAGCUUCGCAAAAUGUGCAAGCGCCCUCGAGAAGGCCAUCAGGACCGACAUAGAGCCCCUUGAACUAAUAGAUAUCGGACGAGUAAGGAGAAAGCUGCUUAGCGGGCCGUCAGCAACAGCGUACCGUCACAAGGACGCGGACUUGAACACUUUCAUGCAGUACGUGACUGACUUCAAGGCUUACGUGGACGAAGAGAGGCAACGCAUAAACAUCAUACCCGAAACAAGUAUAACCAAGUUUAUCGACUACAUCACGUUCAGUCUUGCCACCGGUGGUGACGCCUUGGCUGCGAAGAUGUCUGAGGUCAUCGAAAAGAGCUACCGGAACAUUGUGAGAAAUAAGGUUCUGAGACUCGAAGCGGCAUUUUCUGGCGUCAGGACCAAUGCGAUCGCUGCUCUUGGACACUGCGAUGAGCUGAAACAGGCCUACGACUCCGGGGUGUCGCUUUUGUGCAACGUCAUCCUGUCAAACGCGAACGGCUUCUGGGUGGCGCUAGUCAUCAUCUCGCUUCUGCUAACCUGUGCCUCGUUCACGUCUAUGCGGCUCUCGAAGCAAUGUCUCAAGAUGAACAGGCGGGAACUGGCCGUCUCCGAGGGCGAGCCGGUGCGACACACCCUCAAGGAAAGCGGCCAAAAGAUUUCGUCCCGUAUCCGUCCGAAAGCCGUGACGGGCCGCGAGGAGUGCGGCGACUUUCGGGGUGCAACGUCACCGCCGGACGACGACCUGGACGUGACGGUCAUCGGCAGUGUCCAGAGCAACAGGUUCUACGGCGACAGCGUCGAAGCGGACCACGCGUUCCGCGCCUAAAAAACUUUCGCGCUCUGUUCUCACCUGCCUUUAACACACAUCCCUCUUCCCACUUUUUUCAUUUUUUUUUCAUUUCAUCAGAAGAUAACGCGCUCGACAGAAGAAACUCACCGAAAGUGCUUACCUCAUGUUACAUCAUGUGCCCUGAAGAGUGCUUCCAAUAAAGUAACUGUUCCGCAUUG